UCACUUGCUUUCAUCCCGUGUACAAUACAUCUAACUUGGCAUCAUCCUUGCAGUCGGGAGUGGAAUCCGAUCGUCCUCCGGAAGCUCAUGACGGCCAUGAGCAACCACCCUGUUAUCGAUGACAACGACUCCGACGCCGAAUCAGACUCCACCGACGAUUCUCAAUUCUACCAUCCAAUCUCCUCUUACGACCUUGAUGACACCGAAGAACUUGGAGACACACGCACGCCGGAUAUCCUUACCAACGGCGGGAAUCUCGAACACGAACUAAUCCCUAACCUUACCGGCUUACAUCUCCUUGCUGAGAACGGCAUCGCUGCUUUAGAUCUGAAUGGCUAUAGUAGGAUUUUGGCAUCCGAGGAAGAGGAGGAAGCAACGGCGAGGGAGAGGGAGGCAUCGAUCCUGAGGGCUUUCCGUGCAGACGAAAGCCGGAGGAACGCCCCCUUGCUGCCCGAAAAUUCUGCGAGGAUCGUGAGCGUGAUGAGGGGGGUCUCAUUUCCGGAUUACACUCCAGAUUGGGUGAAUCGAGUGCCAGAGGACCAAUGGCUGGAUCAGUUGAGGAGAUUGAGAGGAGAGCCAACUUCACAGAGCUGAAAAGAGUAAGCUUCACGGACAAUAGCCCAAGUAUUGCUUGCUUGUCUUCAUCACAUAAAAAUGCAAUUGAAACCUUAAUUUAUUUUAAUAGUUUGAAAUGUGUUGAAAAUCAUAAACUUUCCUUCCAACAUAUAUCAGAAUAGAAGAAAUUGGUUUCUUGGAACAAUUCUUUAUUAGUACGUGCUGAACCCAUGAAAUUCUACACAUAUUUAUUAUUCUA